AUGGCGAUGACUAGGACGAAAGCUGCACUCAUCGUGCUCCUCUGCAUUGUAGGCCAAGUCGUGGCACCGCCACCACUGGGCGCAAACCAGGACAACCGCUCCUGUCCCAUUUUCCAGUGCCAGUCUAAGUCGAAGCAGGCCGGCCGCUUCGAUGCUGUGAACCCUAAAUUCUCAGAGGCCUUCACGUACAGCGCGACCAAGGACCCGAACGAGGAGUGCUGGAAGGUGUGCCAGUACCACAACCAGGGCAACCGCCCCGAUCCCGUCGUGUACUGGCAGUACGAACCCUUCACCGACCCCACCACCGGCGGUCUGUGCACGUGCUACGGCGAGGAGGUGUGCAAGGACAAGCACUUCGUCGACCCCUCGAAAGAUAACGGCGUGCGCCCCGCGUUCAUCUACGUUGGCAAGAUCUGCCCCGCCAAUGGCACCGGCGACCCGCACUUUGUCGGCGCCGACCUGUCGCGCUUCGACUUCAGCGGCCGGCCCGGCGAGGAUUACGCGCUCAUCUCCGACGCCCACGUGGCGGUUCAGGCUCACUUCGACGGCCGCUGGGGCGAAUGGGAAGGCCGCAACAAGGCGCUGACGUGGAUGCGCCAAAUCAGCGUUCUGUGGGGACACCACACUAUUGUGUUCGAGGCGCGUGAGGGCUGGGCUGCCGAUUACGGCACCGGGUAUCUCCAGCGCCUCAUGGUUGACAGUGAGGUGGUAAAGCUGGGCGUUCCCGGGUCGCACCUCGAGGCCGCGUCGUUCUUUGACGGGCAGGUUGAGAUUAAGUGGGUGGCUGCGAAGAAGCCGGUCAAGGACGACCUUGUUGAUGAGUACGAGGUUCGCAUCAGCGACAUUCUCGCCCUGCGACUGACUCUGCGACCGGAGAUCGAAAUGCUUCGCACCGAUGAGGACGGGCUGGUUCACUUCACGGUGGACGUGAUGAGCGCGAAGCUGUCCCCCAACGUGCACGGCGUGCUCGGCCAGACCUACCGCCCCGACUUCGCCAGCCGACUGUAA